AGAAAUCUUUUCGUUUUUUUUUUCCUUCUGUUUUUCCCUUUUCAAAAGUUAGUAACUGAAUAUUUGUUUUCAUAUUUGUUUUCGUAUUUGUUUCUGAUCAGAAAAACAAAAAUCAAAAACAAACAAAACCUUAGAGAGAGAGAUUGAGAGUGAAAAACCCAAUAACAAUUCCCUCUCCCUCUCCAUCUCUCUCUGUGCAGCCAGAAUCAAUGAAGAAAUCUUUGUAUAUCGCCAUUGUUGCAACUUUGUUGUUUGCAACUCAUUUCUUCAUCUCUGCUUCCGCUCUCAAGGUGGGACAAACUUGUGCCAAAAAUUCAAACUGUGAUGCAGGAUUACAUUGUGAAACUUGUGUUGCUAGUGGACAUCCUAGACCAAGAUGUACUAGGAUUAAACCUACUAAUCCCAUUUCAAAAGUGAAAGGAGCUUUACCAUUCAACAAGUAUACAUGGCUAACAACUCACAAUUCGUUUGCACUUCUGGGACAAAAAUCUCAAACUGGAUCGAAUAUUAUAACUCCGGAGAAUCAACAGGAUUCCAUCACUAGUCAGCUCAAUAAUGGAGUUCGUGGUUUAAUGCUUGAUAUGUAUGAUUUCAACAAUGAUAUCUGGUUGUGUCACUCAUUUGGAGGGAAAUGCUAUAACUUCACUGCAUUUCAACCUGCUAUCAACGUGCUGAAAGAGAUUCAAGUCUUUCUGGAUGCAAACCCUUCAGAGGUCAUAACCAUCUUCAUUGAGGAUUAUGUCGCAUCUCCUCAGGGCUUGACUAAAGUCUUUGAUGCCGCUGGCCUAAGGAAAUACUGGUUCCCAGUUUCAAGGAUGCCUAAAAACGGCGAAGAUUGGCCUACCGUAGAUGACAUGGUUCAGAAGAAUCAACGACUAGUGGUCUUUACCUCCAAAUCAGCGAAGGAGGCUGCUGAGGGUAUAGCACACGAGUGGAGAUACGUUGUAGAAAACCAAUAUGGUAAUGGUGGGCUGAAGGCAGGUUCCUGUCCAAAUCGUGCAGAAUCAUCUCCCAUGAACACGAAAACAAGGUCACUUGUCCUACAAAACUAUUUCCCUGAUAACCCAGACCUAGCGCAAGCAUGCAAACACAAUUCAGCUCCACUGAUUAGCAUGUUGAAGACCUGUGGUGAGGCGGCAGGGAAUCGGGUGCCAAACUUCAUAGCUGUUGAUUUCUACAAGAGAAGUGAUGGAGGAGGAGCAUCAGAGGCUGUAGAUGUCGCAAACGGUCCGCUUUGCGGAUGCACCAGCAUUUCCUAUUGCAGGGCAAAUGCAACUUUUGGAACAUGUGACAUUCCACCAAAGGCGGCCGAAACACCUGAACCAGCACCAAGUCGGAAAUCUGGUAAUGCUUCCUCAGAUGGAACAUCUAUUAAGCUGCGGUGGUUCUUUGGAGCGGUUUCAUCGAGCAUGCUUUUGCUAUCAUGGCUGUAAAAUUUAUGGGAGUUCUUUACUAUUUUCCCAUUUAGCACUGCACGAAAAGAUUAACGAUACAAGUAAUACAACCCAGCUGGGUUUAGUUUUGUUUACUUAUAUUUUUAGCUAUACUAUCUGGCAUAUUUAUAUGUAGUCCGCUUGUAUAGUAACAAAAAUUCUGAACAAAUUAUCCAUUAGCUGCUUAACAGGCACAGU